UAUGGUUGUUGGCCAAUCGUCUAACCAAAUUCAAUUUGCUUACUCUUUGCUUUCUACGUGCAAGUCACCCUUCACAAUCUGGAUCGUGAAAAAAAGACUGUCAGCUCAUGGAAGAUCAUUGCUGUAGAAUUAUUGAUGUUGAAGCAUUGGAACAGAUUGAUGUUGAAGCAUUGGAACAGUGCAUGAAAGCCGAGCUUCGCAGUGAUUCACCCUUGUCUGCUACGUGUUGCAUUUUCAGGGUUCCUGAAGUACUCCGGAGACGUAAACCAGAGGCAUAUGCACCUGAUGUUGUCUCAAUCGGACCCUUUCAUCACAGGAGCAGCAAACUUUUUGCAACCAUGAAAGAUGUGAAACAGUGGUAUUUAAAUUCUCUACUCUUAAGAAACAAUGUUAGUUUAAAAGCUUUGAUCCAAGGUAUUGAUAAUAUUACUGGGUUUGAGAAACGUGCCCGUGAUUAUUAUGCAGAAUCAAUUGAUCAUCUUAACCGGUAUCAAUUCAUAGAAAUGAUGAUAAUUGAUGGCUGCUUCCUAUUAGAACUAUUUCAGAGAAAUGAUGAUAGUGUGCCAAUUACAAAUUGUAAGCGUAAUGAUCCUUUAUCCAACAUGAGUUGCAUGGUCCAGUAUCUUUGCCAUGAUCUUAUGCUACUAGAAAAUCAACUGCCUUGGUUUGUUCUUGAGUCUCUAUAUGGCCUUACCUGCGACAAACAAGUCCCCCUCACUACGCUUGUGCUUAAAUUCUUCAACAGACUAUCAUCACUGUACGCUUAUUGCAACGAUUAUUCCAUUUACACUCACGAUGAUGAAACUCUACACAUACUUGAUCUGAUAAGAAGUGCUAUUGUUGUUCCAUUCAAAAGAUUUGAAUCAAUCAAAUGCGACUCUGCACAGCUGCCCCAUGCAACUGCUCUCUUGGAGUCAGCUGGCAUUGAAUUCAAAAGAAGCUUUGCUGCUGGCUUAAUGAGUAUUGAUUUCAAAGAUGGAGUUCUCAAAAUUCCACAACUUGAAAUUGCAGAGAUGACUGAACCUUUGUUCAGAAACCUCAUAGCCUUUGAGCAGUGCUAUCACGGUCGCCAACAUAUGAUAACUUCUUAUGCCCUUUUAAUGGAUAAGCUCAUUGCUUCCAGCGAGGAUGUUGUUUUACUUUGUGACAGAGGAAUAAUCCAAAAUUGGUUGGGUGCUGAAGAUGUUUCCCAGCUCUUCAGUACGCUUUAUAGUGACACAUUGGUUACUGGUUUUUGCUAUGGCGGGCUCUGUGCUGAAGUGAAUGAAUAUUACAAAGGUAGAUGGAACCAGUGGCUAGCCCGAUUGAAGCAUGAUUACUUAUCUGAUCCAUGGAAAAUCAUUUCUUUGGUUGCAGCCGUUAUCCUUCUGGUUCUCACCCUAUUGCAGACAAUGUAUACCAUUCAGCAAUACCAUUCUCCCCCCAAGUGAUGUUUGUUAACUAGUUUACUUAAUUUUUGUGCUAUUCAUUCCUUGGCAAUGUAUUUUC